UUGAAUACGGAAGUUGGAUUGAUCACGUGCUUGGAUGGUGGGCUCAUCGUGAUGAUGACAAUGUUCUGUUCCUAAAGUACGAAGACAUGAAAAAGGACCUGCCUUGUGCUGUUCAACAAAUAGCCAAAUUUCUUGGUAAAGAUUUAUCUCCAGAGAUGAUUCAACGAAUCGCUGACCAAACAACCUUUACUGCCAUGUCUGAUGGCAAAGGACGAUUCUACGAUAAUGAACCCGACUACCUAAAACUGAAAACCCCGGGUGCAACAAAAUUCCUUCGAAAAGGCGAAGUUGGUGACUGGAAAAACUACUUCACUGAUGAACAAAACCGACGAUUUGAUGAAAUGUUCGAGAAGGAGAGAAUGGCCAUAAGUGGACUGGAAAUAGAAUUCUGAAUCACGUCUGAGAGUUUUAAUUCUCAUUACUUUCGAUUUUUGUCAUAUUUGCACUGUAAAAAAGCUUGCCCAUGCAUGUGCAUGUAAAUUAAGGGGAAGUGCAUGAUCCUACUUCUGUUUCGUCAGCACUACUCAGCACUAAGAAAACUGUUUAAAAUGGUCUUGUUCAAGAGAGCACAGGCCCUUUAGUCUAGUCAAUCUGACGAAAACUGCUGGGUUUUUGUUUGUUUGUUUGUUUUUCGAUUCGUGUAAACGCAAAUAAGAACUAGAUGCACAUGAACGUGAACUCGGGGUUCUGUUUGAUAAUAAUCCACUAGUGAAUCCGA